UUGCAUGUUACACAUGUACCUGCAGCAUGUAUGUGCCCUAGGGCGCACAAGACUUAAGCAUCGGGCUGUGUUCAUAGCGAUGGAAGUAGAAAUACAACUGGAGUGCCCACUGGUUCAAGUUCAUUCUUUCUAUCUCGAUAUCGCCAUAAUACAGUUUCGUCAAGAUGAGUUCCGAGCCGUUUACGCUGAGGUGGGGUAUCUUGGCAACGGGAGGUAUAGCAACAACGUUCACAAAAGACCUCCUCAUCGACCCUCAAACCCGCUCCGUAACCGACGUCCGCCAUGUCGUCGCCGCAGCCGCCUCCUCCACAUCUUCAUCACGCGCCGCCGACUUUCUCAAAUCCGUCGGCGCGCCCGCCACAGCAAAAGCCUAUGGCUCGUACACUGAACUCGUUUCCGAUCCUAACGUCGACAUAAUCUACAUCGCCACCCCGCACUCGCACCACUACCACCACGCUCGCCUCUGUCUCAACGCAGGGAAACAUCUACUAAUUGAGAAACCCAUCACCGUCAACGCGGCUCAAUGUCAGGAGUUGAGGAAAUUGGCGAAAGAGAAGAAGAGAUUCAUGAUGGAAGCAGUAUGGACGCGUUUCUUCCCCCUCUCGCGCGAAGUCUGUGACAUUGUGAAAGAGGGGAAACUGGGACAAAUCAAACGCGUCUUCGCCGACUUCAGCUUCUGGAAUGACGCUGAAAAGGAAUUCGGCAAAGAGCAUAGGAUGGUCAAUCCGAAUCUCGCUGGUGGCGCGUUGUUGGAUUUGGGGAUUUACAGUCUGACGUGGCUGUCUAUGGCGCUGUAUCACUGUCAACCUGAGGGUAAAAGGGAGGAACCAGUUGUUAGUUCGGCAGUGAGUAAGUAUAAGACGGGGGUUGAUGAGACGACGACUGUGCUCUUGCACUUUCCCGAUUCUGGCGCUCACGGCGUAGCAGGCACGAGUAUUAUCGUUGCUACGACGCCUAAUGCGGAGCACCCCAACCCGGGUGGCGACGCGGUGAGGAUUCAGGGUACCCUCGGCGACCUCACUGUCAAUUAUGCGCCGAGGCCACGCACAUAUACAUUGACCCCCGCUGCCAACGAGAAACGAGGGAAACUCGCAGACUUUGAGUACCAGGUCGUUGAUAAGUUCAAAGAAAUCCCUGGGGGUGGACACGGUAUGUUCUGGGAGGCAGACGAGUGUGCGCGGUGUAUUCGAGAUGGCAAGCUAGAAAGCGAGAUAUGUGGACUAGAGGAGACGGAGGUGGUCAUGAGGGUUAUGGAUCAAGUAAGGAAGCAGGGAAGUGUGAUGUAUCCAGCGGUGAUUGAGAGCACGGAGUCGCCACUCGAUAGAUUCUCAGUGUAAUGGACCGAGUAGGAGUACAUGGAUGUGGGGGAGUUUAGAAGAGGGCAAGAGAAUGAAGAGGACAAGCUGUCGUUUUUGUAUCUUGUGCUAGAGGUGAGUAGCUAGAUUGGCAAAGACCUCACUCCACCAUUUUCAACUUCUGUCCUCAUACCGCCAUACCACUACUUUUGAUCAAAUCAUCGAGAUCCUCAUAUCUGUACCCCUUCAUACCAUCCCUCUCUAAACUCCCCAGCCUAGGAAUCUCACCAUGUCAUUCCUAUUUCACCCUCGAAGCCUGAGGUUCCUUUGAAACACCAGAAUCUCCAGAAGUCACACGACCGAACAGGUUCUUGUAGUAGUGACCGGAACGACUAGCUGGUCCACAAAUACCCUCU